UGAUACAGUAAGUACAUCAAGAAUAUAAACGUGUUUGAUAAAAUGAACAUUUUUAAAACAUGGCACCAGGCUAUGAUUCUUCUUCCUGCACACCUUCAUGCCUAACUUUUUGAAAGGACUUGAGACAUAUGAAUCACAAUUUUAAAAAAUUAUAGUUUCAAUGCCUUCGUGGUGGAUCAAUUUCCAUAGAAGUCUACCAAAAUGACUUAUCUUCAUCCCAGGGAACCAACUGCAAGAGGGAAAAUGAAAGGAAUGUCAUAUUCUUUCUAUGUAGGCAGUGGACUUGAGUGAAGGUCAGAAACACUGAUUUCAGUUUGUGCACUACAACCUGAUGACUUGGGUGAUGUUUGGCUUCUCAGAACUUUGGGAGACGAAUUUGAAAAACAGAUAAUACCACACUAUAUAAUUCAGAGGAUUACCUCAGCUUACAAACAGCAAAUGAGAUGCAAAUGUGAGACAUAAUUCAUAUUUCUAAGCAGUUGGAGCCCUGAUAUAGCACUGGGGUUAUAGAGAAGUUGGGGAAAACGUCAACCCAGUGAUGUCAUACUCCUAGGCCGGGCCCUAAGAUUUUUUGGAACCUGGCGGGCUGAGCACAAUAGGGAAAGCCUCAGCACCCUGACUUGGCACAAUGGCACCCUUAAGGCUCUUUGCUCACUCAAUUCUUAGCAGCUCUCCUAAAGCACGGGGGCGUUUUCUUCCAGUUCUCUGUGUAGACUUUGCUAUGCCUCUCCGCCCACUGCCUCAUCCAGAGAAACACUCGUAUCCACCACCGCUCCUCACUUUCUCUCACGCACGGCUCUAGGAAGACGAGGAGAGGGCGCGGCGUAGGCUUUAUAUACCUUGCCAGCCAAUGACCGCGCCGUCUCUUUUCCGGUCGGCGAUCCGACCAAUCCAAGAAGGCUGGUGCAAUCUUCGGCUCUACUCGGCUCUUUUCGCUGAUGCGGGCAGCUUGGGGGCCGCGGCAGCUAGAGAGACGCUUUCCUUUUUAAUUUUUUUUCCAUGUGUUCACUUCCGGGUCCGGCGUCGAUCCGGAUGCCCGAGGCAGAAGGAUGUUUGACCUCCGGAUAAGCGAGGCGCCGCUGUGCAUUCAUUCCCAGCUGCAUCGGUGGCGACAGCAGAGGCUCGGGCGGCGACUCUCCGGCCAGCGGCGGCGGUAGGAGACACCAGCGGCAGUGCAAGGACCGAAUCCGAGCAGCGCUGCGUUACCUCGCUCGCUCCUUCCCCCCUACCUCGCUCGCUCGCUCCCUGCGUGGCUCGCUUUCCUCCUCCGGCCGCCGGCGGGUGUGAUGUGCCGCCGUCGCUGCCCCCGCCGGCGCUGACUGACUGACUGGGGGCGCCGCCCGCGCCCGGGACCGACCCCGCUGCUCGCGGCCGCGCCUCUGAGGCAUUUAUUACUUCCUUGAAAAUAAAGGACUGGGAUUAGUGGAAUCAAGGAAUUAAUUCAACCAGGACCACCUUUACUGUGUGGCAAGGAUGGAACAGUGGGUAGAAUAUGAAGAUGAAUGAGACUCAGUACUGCCUUCAAGGGAGAAGCAGACAUACACAGAGGGCUUGUUGAACUGGACAUAAGGCUGUUUUGCCAGGAGGUCUUUGUGGGAGAAGCUAUGAAAGUAGCUGGAGAUCAGGCCAUGGAAGUCCAACUUUGUAUUUAAAGAUGAGUCAGUUGGAGGCAUGAAGGUCCAAAUGUACGGAACCUAUGCUACAGUAGCUCUCUAUCAGUAUCAGCUCACAUCAUUGAAAAGAUAAUUUUGAAGACAUGUUUUGCUGAAAAGACAGCUGAGAAAAAUUUUACGAAUGGGAUGAGCAUGCUGCAGUUAAUUGACUACCUACUGCAAUUUGAAUGUUAACAUUACCCAUCUGGUACAGUUACCUAGUGAUGUACCUAUUUUCACAAUACCCUAUUUCAGUGUGCUUGUCUUGAUUAAAGAAUUCAAAGUGGAGUACCGCAAACUUGAUAUGGAAAAUAAAAAGAAAGACAAGGACAAAUCAGAUGAUAGAAUGGCACGACCUAGUGGUCGAUCGGGACACAACACUCGAGGAACUGGGUCUUCAUCGUCUGGAGUUUUAAUGGUUGGACCUAACUUUAGAGUUGGAAAAAAAAUUGGAUGUGGCAAUUUUGGAGAAUUACGAUUAGGGAAAAAUUUAUACACAAAUGAAUAUGUGGCAAUUAAGUUGGAGCCCAUGAAAUCAAGAGCACCACAGCUACAUUUGGAAUACAGAUUCUAUAAGCAGUUAGGAUCUGGAGAUGGUAUACCUCAAGUUUACUAUUUCGGCCCUUGUGGUAAAUACAAUGCUAUGGUGCUGGAACUACUGGGACCUAGUUUGGAAGACUUGUUUGACUUGUGUGACAGAACAUUUUCUCUUAAAACAGUUCUCAUGAUAGCUAUACAACUGAUUUCUCGCAUGGAAUAUGUCCAUUCAAAGAACUUGAUAUACAGAGAUGUAAAACCUGAGAACUUCUUAAUAGGACGACCAGGAAACAAAACCCAGCAAGUUAUUCACAUUAUAGAUUUUGGUUUGGCAAAGGAAUAUAUUGAUCCAGAGACAAAGAAACACAUACCAUACAGAGAACACAAGAGCCUUACAGGAACAGCUAGAUAUAUGAGCAUAAACACACAUUUAGGAAAAGAACAAAGUAGAAGAGAUGAUUUAGAAGCUUUAGGUCAUAUGUUCAUGUACUUUCUGAGAGGCAGUCUUCCUUGGCAAGGCUUAAAGGCUGACACAUUAAAAGAGAGAUAUCAGAAAAUUGGAGAUACAAAACGGGCUACACCAAUAGAAGUAUUAUGUGAAAAUUUUCCAGAAGAAAUGGCAACAUAUCUUCGUUAUGUAAGAAGGCUAGAUUUUUUUGAAAAACCAGACUAUGACUACUUAAGAAAGCUUUUUACUGACUUGUUUGAUCGAAAAGGAUAUAUGUUUGAUUAUGAAUAUGACUGGAUUGGUAAACAGUUGCCUACUCCAGUGGGUGCAGUUCAGCAAGAUCCUGCUCUGUCAUCAAACAGAGAAGCACAUCAACACAGAGAUAAGAUGCAACAAUCCAAAAACCAGUCGGCAGACCACAGGGCAGCUUGGGACUCCCAGCAGGCAAAUCCCCACCAUUUGAGAGCUCACCUUGCAGCAGACAGACAUGGUGGCUCGGUACAGGUUGUAAGUUCUACAAAUGGAGAGUUAAACACAGAUGACCCCACCGCAGGACGUUCAAAUGCACCCAUCACAGCCCCUACUGAAGUAGAAGUGAUGGAUGAAACCAACUGCCAGAAAGUGUUGAACAUGUGGUGCUGCUGUUUUUUCAAACGAAGGAAAAGGAAAACCAUACAGCGCCACAAAUGACUCUGGACACAGACAGAUCCUGGGGAGUUACUUACAUGUUCAUCUGCUGUCUUGUGAUUAAAAUCAUCUCUGUAGUGACCACAUAUAUUUUCAAGGACUCACUCUUAGAAACAAAAAUGUCAUACUUUCAUACUUCAUUUUGUGGUUGUCUUACAUUCUUUUUUUUUUUUCUAAUUGAACUUUUAUGGAAGCUUUAAAGUUUUGUCAAAACAUGAGUGCUUUGCCCAUCAAUGAAUGGAAUGGACCAAUGAGGUGGUAUUGAUGAAUAUAGUUCUAUAGAACAUUUUUCAGAAGUUCUUCUGUUGCAGAAAGCAUACAGUAUCUUAAGUAUCAACCAGUUGUAUACCUAAUCUGGUUUUUUAUAACUUCUGUAAGAGCAUAAUCAAACAGGAAUUUUCUUUCUCAGUGGAUAAUACAACAGAGAAAACAGAGUUGCCCAAAUAUUUAAAAGAAGUUAUUCCUUGAGAAGUUCAUAUUUUGUGACAUCUGCAUUGAUUUCAGUGUUACUGAUGGUACUGUUAUUCAUAAGUCAUAUUAACAUUCUCUCUGUGAAAUCAUGGUACAGUCACUGCCCAGAGGUACUGAGGAAAAAGCAAUAUGGGUUCCGCAGAUGGUAGUGGUAAAAUGAAUCUUAAGUAGUGCGGUAAAUAUGUGCUCUGCUUUUGUUGCACCACCAUGUGAAGUACUGUGUUGCAGAAGUGGCAAAAGUGCUUGUUUUUUAAAAUGCAAAAUAUUUGUACAAUGUAACUUUAUGCUUCCAAAUAAUAAUGUAUGUUAGACAGCAAGAAAUGAAUACUUCAAACAGUGAUAUAUGUUGGAGUUACAAAGAAAUACACUAAGGAGAGGCAGUAAAUGUGAACCUUGUUGCAAUGUAUAAGGUGGAAGCCUAAAGAAAUCUCACUGAAACUUACUGCUGAAUGAUUACAUUCUCCCUUAAGCAGAAAACUUUGGAUGUGCCAUGCAAUGGUGUCUGUGUAAUUAUUUUGCUCUUUGAUAAAAAAAAGACCCCCAGCAAUAAAAAGUGGGUCACUCUAUGCCCUCUGUGCACAUUAGUCUCUUGUAUUCAACUUUGCUGAUUCUCUGGAAUUUUCCUACUCUUUAGCAUAAUUUUGAUGAUUGAAAAAUAUUUUGGAAAGGAUGGGUCAGGUGCUUUGCCUCCAUAGUCUUUUGAAGUGCCUGCAUAUGAACAAAAAAAAAAAAAAAAAAAACUAAUUCUGUAAAAAAGGAAGCCCAUUCCACUUUUCAAAUAUGCUUUGUUUUAAGCCAUAAAGACACACAUGUAGUUUUGUCACAUUCUGCUAGCCAGAAUUUUCAAGAAGGGUUAAAACAAAGCCUGGCUAGAAGGAUAGUUAUAUUGAACAAAUCUCAUAUUCAUCUUUCAUUUAUAAAAUUGUUACUUACUCCUUCCAUGCAGUCUCUUCGUUGUCUUUAAGUGUGUGCCUUCAGGCAUGCUUAUUUAUUUUUAUUGUCUCAAGGUAACAUUUAAGAUGUAUAUUAAAGUAAAUCUACAUUUUUUUACUUCAUUAUUGCAUUUACAGGGAUUUAAUUAUACUUUGUAAUUUAUUUUUCUUAUUAGCCAAAAGUUUAAUGCAUUUUUUUGAUGAAUUAGGCACCCACAUGAACACCACAAAUCAGGACAUUGUUUUUCAUUGUUGCUAUGAAUCCUGUGAAUGAUCUCUUUUUAUUUUAAAGACCUAUACUUAACCUAGAAAACAUUUGCUGUAUAAUUUGGUCAACAGUUUCCAUUCUAUCUGUAUACUGUCAUGAUGUCUUAAACUGCAGGAGUUACAUACUGAGUUUAUAUUUUUAUUUGCUUUGAGCAAGGUAGAUGGAUGUUUUGGCAAUUAUAAUGUGAAACCACUUCUUUCUUUACAGUAUUUGACCAAAUUUGUGUGUCUAUGAUAUUUGUAAAUACAUGCGAAUAUCUGUAUUUCUUAUCAUAAGCCUAUUUAGUUUUAUUCUCAGUAGGGUUUUUUGGAUUGUACAGUGUUUAUAUGAUCUGAACUCCUUAUACAUAAGAAGGUGUGUAUAUUAAUCCAAUUAUGGACUUAAAAUAUUUUAAAAGUAUAAAUACCCUUAUUUGCUGCAAAGACCAGUGUGUAGACAUUUGCUUUUUAGCAAUAUUUUUAAGUGCUCCAUUUUAAUGCCAAGGAAUAAGUCUUUUGGCAACACAAACUGGUCAAUAAUAGGUAAUGCAGGUAUGUUCAGGUUAAGCCAACAAUGUUUUGCAUUUUUAUGCUUAUUUUCUGUCAACACUAAUGAAGUCAACAUUGCCUGAAUGUCUGAAUAAUGAAACACAUCCCUGUUUAAAAGUAUGUAACUGAAAAAGAAAUAAAAAAAAAAAUAAUAAAAGUAGUUUUUUUAAA